GCUACGUGAUGUCACCAGCUGACCGUGUGAAUGUGUUGGUGCUGCUCUGUUAUGAGACACAAAGGGUGAUGCAGCUGGGUUGGUGUGGAAGUUCUUCCAUCUUCAUACUUUUGGUCAGACUUCGAGGUGUGGCCACGCCCACAUGCUGUAGUCACGCCCACAUGCUGUAGUCACGCCCAAAUGCUGCGGCCACGCCCACAUGCUGUAGUCACGCCCACAUAUUGCGGCCACGCCCACAUGCUGUGAAGCUAAAAACUUUUGAUAACUUUGAUACAUCAGAUUAAAACAGAUUUUUAGAAAUAUUUCCUGUUAAUUCUAGAAAAUGUGAAUUGGACACAUGGAUGGAGUCGAGUAUUAGCUUAGGCUCAACAUCCCACCAGCAGAGAGGGAGGGACUGAUUCGUCAGGGAAACGAAAACGCCUGAGUUUCAUGACCUUCACUAUGUAAAUAAAAGUGUUUUGAGUUUGUUUGACAUGAAAAUGAUGCUUCACAGAAAAUGCAAAUGCUGUUUGUUUUUGUACAUAAGUGAUGUACAAUGAAACAGUUUCAGCCAGAACAGCAAACAGCCGAUGACACAUGGAGAACUUUAUCCUGUUCUUCGCUGCUGCAUCAGCAGUGUGCGCCGUCUCUUCACUUCCUGCACGAAAAUACCACUUUGUUUACGACCCAAAGAGCUGGUCCGACGCUCGGACGUUCUGCAGACAGCGCUACACAGACCUGGCAACCAUCGACAACAUGGCCGACGUCGACGUCCUCAACAACAUGGCCGACUUAAAGCAGAUGGUCUACUCCCAGUUCAGCUACAGAGCCUGGAUCGGACUCUACAACAACGCCGGCCAGUGGAAGUGGGCGGACGGAAGCAAGUUCCUGUUCACACACUGGAAAUCUGGAAAACCCGACAAAAGCACCGACACCAGCGUCUGUGCAGUGGCGUAUUUCCAAGAGUCAGGAAGCUGGGAGGACGAGUACUGCGACAUUAAGAGAGCGUUUAUUUGUUACGAAGCUCCAGUAAAACUGAAGGUUCUGGAAGUGAAGCUGGUCAGAACCUCCAGUCUGGACCUGGAAGAGCCUGCAGUGCUGGCAGACCUGCUGAAGCAGCAGGAGGUGAAGCUGCAGCAGCAGGCAGGAAGCCCACAGGUCAAAGUUCACUUUAGGAGGAAGGAGGACGGGAAGAUUUUCCACAAACUAGACGACGUUUAGUUCUGGAUCAAACUGCUCAACAUUUAUUUAGUAAUAUUUAGUAUUUUGAAGAUCAGAUUCGUUGGGUUGUAGUUCCGUUUGUGUCGGAUCGUUUUCUGAAGUAGAAUAAAUGUGCAGAAAUAUGAAACUGCAGCUGUGGGGGAUUUUAACUGUAAUGAGGAGCCGAUUGGCUGUUUGACUCUA